GUUUGCGGUGGUUUCCCGUCUUUUUUAUUUGGGUAAAAUUUCAAAAGCCGCCGGCUACCUGCCAGUGCUGCCAGACAUGACUAAUCGAUGAGCAAUUUAAUGCUGUGCCCAAAUCUGUGAGGAUCACUUUUCUGGGAGAAGAAGCAAUGGCGACGUCUGUGAAGUUGAGUAACGGUGCACAAAUGCCCAUUGUUGGCCUGGGCACCUGGAAAUCUCCUCCUGGAAAAGUCACAGAGGCGGUGAAAGCCGCCAUCUCUGCAGGCUACAGACACAUCGAUGGGGCGUACAUUUACCAGAACGAGGUUGAAGUCGGCGAGGGGAUAGCGGCCAUGAUCAAGGACGGCGUGGUUAAGCGUGAGGAACUUUUCAUUGUUAGCAAGCUAUGGUGUACUUUCCAUGCCAAGUCCAUGGUGAGGGAAGCUUGUGAGAAGACCUUGAGUGACCUUAAACUGGACUAUCUGGACUUAUACCUGGUGCACUGGCCAAUGGGAUUAAAGGCCGGCAGCGACCUGUUUCCUACUGACAGCGCCGGUGACACAAUUCCUGAUCAUUCCAACUUCCUAGAGACGUGGGAGGGGAUGGAGGAGCUGCUGGAUGCCGGAUUGGUUAAGGCUAUCGGGAUCUCCAAUUUCAACCGGGAUCAGAUCGAAAGCCUUCUCAACAAGCCGGGCCUCAAAUACAAGCCCGCUAACAUCCAGGUGGAGUGCCAUCCCUUCCUGACCCAAGAGAAGCUGAUCAGCUACUGCAACUCUAAGGGCAUCUCUGUGACUGCCUACAGUCCCCUGGGCUCUCCCGAUAGACCUUGGGCGAAGCCAGACGACCCAUCCCUUCUGGAGCAUCCUGACAUCAAAGCAAUCGCUGCAAAGCACAAGAAGACAACUGCUCAGGUCCUGAUCCGUUUCCACAUCCAGCGUAAUGUUGUGGUGAUUCCCAAAUCAAUCACCCCUCACCGUAUUCAGGAGAAUUUUCAGGUGUUUGACUUCCAACUGAGCGACGAGGACAUGAAAAGCAUAUUGGGCUUCAAUCGCAACUGGAGAGUCUGCCCCUUUCUAAUGAACAAGAAGCACAAGGACUACCCUUUCCACGCUGAAUUCUGACACGGAGCGUGUGCGGAGGUUUGCUAACAUCGUGUCCCAAGAUGAGUAGCUUUAUUAUAGCACUGUUACUGUUCCAUGUGGCCUUCACGCGUUACAUUUGGCCUGGGAAAAACUGCUUUCUGUCAACCAAUUGAACCCUAAAAAUCAAUCCUCAUUCCUAUUACGGUAUUCAUCCAUUUUCAGUAAUCAUAUCAACUUCAUAUUGGCCAUGUAAAGAAUAAUUGUAUGAUUUCCCAUAGGACGCCAGCACUUCCCAUUAUUUGCACGAGUCAUAUGUGGCACUUGUGACUUCACUCCUUGCUGAGUCAUGUGUGCUGCUUGUGACUACAUAUAUUUGUACUUCUUUCUUUCGUCUUCCUUGUCACUUCUCAUGUGCCAAAGGGCCGCUGUUACUGGUUUUAAAGACCACUUGUGCCAACAACAAUUAAUAGCUACAAAUAAAUCAAAAAGCUGAUUUAAAAAUGUGUAGGUUGUGAUAAGGCUUUUUGUUUGUGUUACAAUAAAAGUAGAUUAAGCAGCUA